AUGCUGUCUUCGAACACUCUACAGCUUUUCAAGGCAUUUUUUCUGAUGAUUGUAUCGUCAGCCUCAUUUUUCCAUGCGUCAGCAAGUAGCAACAUGAACUACAAUGCCUACAAUUACGACAUGACCACACCCCAAUUCACCCCCGAUGGCAGACUGUUGCAAGUGGAAUAUGCCAGUGCAGCCUCGGAUCGUUCUUCACCUUUAGUUGCGUUACAAAUAAAUUCCACUUGGAUUGUCUUGCUCACAGUCUCCCAAUCCAAUACCCAAAAUCGCAUCACACUCUUUCAAGACAAUCCAACGAGUCCCUUUCAUCCCAAGUCGGGCAACAAGGAGAGUCCGAUUGCCAUUGCCAUGAGCGGUGUCCUAGCGGAUAAUUUGAGUCUACUUCAAAAAGUACUGGAAGAGGCCGCCAAUACCUAUCUCAAGUUUCAAAAGGAAAUGUCCGUGGUCCAAGCUGCCAAGACGAUUGCGGAUGCCUGUCAACAACAUGCAUUUGGAGGAGGGAUGCGACCCUAUGGAUCGACCAUGCUGGUAUGUGGCUUUGGUGGUGGUGGAGGUGGUGGAGGAAGUGAUAAUAACAACAAACAACCAUUGUUGUUUCAAACAGAACCCUCGGGGGCCAUUUUCGAUGCUGGGCGCACUGCUGCAAAGUCCAAAUCCAUUGCUUCGGUACAGUACAUCAUUGGUGGGAGUUCGGCAACCCAACGGCAACUCCGCAAAAAGUUGGACCAAACCUUGGAACGAAUGAAAAAGAGUGAUAUUGCAGUUGGAGACGUCAUUGCAGCUGCUUCGAAGAUACUGCUGAAGGAAACGGGCAAGAAUAGCAAGGAGAGUGGGGACAAUGAAAAAGCCAUUUCGCCACCAUCUCUAGAGGUUGUGGUCCUAUCGGCUACGGAAGGAUGCUAUCGAGUGACACCAGAGCAAUUGGAAGCAAUAUUAGCGUAA